AUGAUUCUUGGCUCCUUCUAUCCUAGUAACUUCUUCGUUGUAUUCCUAGUUACUAUCAUUUUUCAGUCUUUGCUGGUUCAUUCACAGCAGUUGGAUCCUAUCAAGAAUGUAUGCAGUCGGUGGGAUCAUCAAUCCGCAAUCCUGAAUGGAAAAAUCUACAUUGACGGCGGCGUGGAAGUCUUCGUCGACCUAAAUUCCGCCGGAGAAAAACAACCUGGUACCCAACAAGUAGGAAUAAACAAGUAUUUGGUAUCGUUAGAUAUGACCCAACAAUGGUCCUGGCGGGGCGAUAUGCCUCUUAAGGUCCUGGAUUACCAAGAACAACAGCAAAGCGCUCGUCCGCCUUCAUUGACGAGUGGUGCACUAUGGUCAUGGAAAAAUUCCCUGUAUCUAUAUGGCGGUACCACAAGUAGACUCAAUGAUUCCUUUGUUGGCUACGCUGCGCCUACUACAGACGACGUUGUGAUGUGGAAAUACGAUGUAGAAAAAACAACAUGGGCCCCUAUCAGCUUUCGAAAUAAUUCAGCAAUAAUGCCACGCUUGUCCAACGGCGCAAGCACUGUUGUCUCGAGCCAAGGGCUUGCGUUUCAUCUUGGCGGCGCAAUCGAUAAUGGAACGCUGCCUGUAUCAGAAUCAAAUAUCACCUCUGGGGUUUCAUUCGUUAAUUCUUUCUACGCAUUCAAUUUCACGGACGAAAGUGCCUCAAAACUCGGAACAGACGGCUUGGGUGAUACAUCUUACAGGACAAAUGCGCAGAUGGUCAAUAUCCCUGAUCUUGGUAGUAAAGGGAUCUUAGUUCUCCUAGGAGGCGGCUACAGAAACUCAUCCGCCAAUGGUAUGGACUGGAAAGGUGACCUGAUUUCAAUGAGUAGUAUAGGCAUUUUCGACAUUAACUCCACCGCUGUCGGCGGAACUUGGUAUAACCAAACUGCCACUGGCGACACCCCAAGCCCACGCAUAGAUUUCUGCAUGGUCAUUGUCUCUGCACCCGAUAAAUCUAGUCAUAACAUCUUCAUAUAUGGCGGUUGGGACGGGGUUAAUAACUUUGACCAAGUCUACGUUCUCUCAAUACCCUCCUUCCGGUGGAUUAAGAUCUUUGAAGGGAAAGAGGAACGCCGCUCCCAUACCUGUCAUGUUGUCGGUAACAGGCAACUCAUGACAGUUGGCGGCCGCCGGGGAAGGACGCUACCGGGUGAGUGUGAUUGGCAACCGAAUACAAUUUCGCUAUUUGAUAUGGUUACUUUGGAUUGGGUUCCGGAAUAUAAGCCGAAUGGGACAAAGUGGGAAGUGCCGAAACCUAUCUCGGAUAGGAUUGGUGGAGGGUCCAAUGGAGACGCCACUCUAAACGCACCAGAAACAUGGGCCCCAGGGCUCGAGGCAGUAUUCAUUUCUGGUGGGAUCUCCCCCGACCCAGAAACCGCGCCCUUAGAACCCACCCGGAAAACUCUAUCCAAAUCUGCCGUGAUCGGUCUCUCUGUUAGCCUUUCUGUUGCGGUGCUUCUCGCAAUGUUCAUAGUAUACUAUCUCUACCAUCACUUCUGCUCCAAAAAUUCCGGUUCUUAUUCCCAACCCGCGGAGCCGGAACUACCAGCAAAAAACCCUCCUCCAAAUGGAGUCUUUCAGGAGCUUUUUAGUAGCCUUGGGAUGCAGAGGGGUGCGGGAGCGGAAGCUCCUCGUCACCAACCUUACGUAUACGGCUGGCCGAGAAUGAGGGGAGGUGAUAGGAACCCGUUUGAAGUAUCGUGUGAGGGGGUUAAUGGGCCCGGGAGGAACAGCAUGGCUGCUGGAUCUCCUGUUGUCGAGAAGCCAGAGGGGAACUGGAUUUGA